AUGGCCGAAACACUCUUGAACCCCCUUCUCACGGGGCCACUACUCUUCUACCUCCAGCGCAACACGACGGUCCUCGAGAAUCUGCCCUGGCCGCCACCGACUAUGUCCGUGACACUUCUCCCCUUUCAACUCCCCUGGGGGAUUCCCAACAGUGUCCAACUUCGGGCGACGCCGCCGCUCCGGUCGCUGAAAUUCCUCUUCGUGCUCGGGCUGGUUGUGCACGCGAACCGGUUCCUCAGCCGCUUGGCCCUGAAUUACUGGCACAUACGCAAGCAGGGUGAGGCGUGGGAUUUUCAGGCGCCGGGCAAAGAGACCAUCCUGAUCACGGGCGGGUGUUCCGGAUUCGGGAGGGAGAUGGUCAAGAUGUUCGCCGCGCAGACGCAGGCCAACAUUGUCGUGCUGGAUGUGCAGGAUUUGCCGGACGACUUGAAGGAUAUCCCCCGCCUAUCCUACUACCAGGCCGACCUGACCUCUCCGUCCUCCAUCACCGAUGCCGUGGAACUCAUUUGCUCUCGGGGAACCACGCCGACGGUGCUCAUCAACAACGCGGGGAUCGCCCGCGCCCACACGAUCCUCGACACGGACGAGGCCUGGCUCGAGAAGAUCUUCCGCGUGAAUCUGCUGAGUCACUUUACGCUGAUCCGCCUGCUGUUGCCGAAGAUGAUGGCCCAGCGCAAGGGGCAUGUUGUGUCGAUUGCCAGUAUGGCAAGCUACACCGGCUGCGCCAGCCUGGGCGACUACAGCGCGACAAAGGCCGGCGUCCUGGCCCUGCACGAGACGCUCCUCGCCGAGCUGCACACGCGCCACGCCUCCCAGGGCGGCCACUGCGUCCAGGCCUCGAUUGUCCACCCGAUGUGGGCUCGCACCCCGCUCGUGGGAACCUGGGCGACACAGCUGUCCCGUUCGCGCCAACAGGUCCUCGAGCCCGUCGACGUCGCUGCCCCGGUGGUCGGGCACGUCCUGCGCGGCCGGAGCGGGAGUGUCUUUGUGCCGGAGAAGUUCUGGGUCGGGACGCUGUUGAGGGCCCUGCCGGACUGGGUUGGCAUCAAGUCCCGCAUCGACACGGCGAGGGCGACUGCGACAGGGUCCUAA